UAUAUUAUUUCAUGCUGCAUUCUGUAAUUUUGUAAACAUCUGCAAAUGACAUUUGUUGUCUGAAGUAAAAUAUAUUUGAGUUACAAUUCUGUGUUAAAAUUUUCUCCUCAUACUGUGUAUUUCAAUACAAUUCUAAUAGUUUGAAUUGGAAAAACGCAAAAUGCCUUUGCCAGCUGCAUUAGCUGCACGUCUUGCAAAAAGAGGGUUAAUCACUGGAUCCGAAAAACACGAAUCUGGGAAGAAAGAAACGAAGAAAAAAGUACAUGAAGAAGUAAUAGCUGAAGACUAUGAUAAUACAAAAGAGGAGAUUAAUCAAAUUGACAUAUCUCAAAAGUUCAUGGGUUACAGUGGAUGUCCUAAUAAGUAUAAUAUUUAUCAUGAAUGUACAAAGAAAUGCAAAGAAUUAUGGGGAUUAGGACAUGGGCAACCUUCGGAUAAAUAUUUAAAGCGACAAAUGAAAUUAAUUCAAAAAUAUCCUUUGCCAGAGACUUGGAAAGCUGUUUAUGAUCCUGGAUCCGGACAACACUAUUAUUGGGAUUGGUCAUCUGAUUUGGUAUCUUGGUUACCCCCGGGUCAUCCUAAGUGCCAAAUAUCGCAACCUGCGUCUCAAUUACGUGAAGAAUUGCACUUAAAAGCAGGCGAUCAAGAUGAUAAUAUGUCAAGUGAUGAAAGUGGUAGUGAACAAGAACCAAUGGAAGUGGAAGAAAAUGAUGUUAAAAAGGACAGAAAAAUCGAAAAUCGUAAUAUACGAUACAAAGGACCGGACAUUAAGCGACCUCUUCCAAGAUCUGAUAAAAUCGACGGUAAAGACAAAAAAGACCGCACGUUAGAUCCUAUGGAUCCAGCAUCAUAUAGCGAUAUUCCUAGGGGAAAAUGGUCAGAUGGAUUGGCUAGACAUAACGAAGCUAAAACCGGCGCCGAUACAACUGCAUCAGGGCCCCUUUAUCAAAUGAGGCCGUACCCCAGUCCAGGCGCGGUGCUUCGUUCAAACAGAGCUAAUAAAGGGGAAUCAGAAUCACCGAAACCAAAAAUCGCGUUUCCUGAAAAACCGGAAUAAAUGUACCUUGUGAUAAUAUGAUUUUAAUAUAUUAUAUGAUUAUGUUGAUACACUAAAAUACACGUAUAAUAACACAAAAUUGCUCUGGAAAAAAAGAAACUGUAAAAUAAAUACUUUUAGAUUAACAAAACCAU